AUGCCGGAAUAUCACGUGAUACCGAACGAAGAAGAAGUGAAGAGAUUAAAGAAAGAGUACGGUUUAACAAAAGAUCAAAUCACUAAAGAUGUAGCCACGGUCAGAAGCUGGAUGCUAACACAACCGCAUUUACCCAAGUUUCCAGAAUCUAAAAAUGAUGAAAUAGAUUUUUGGAUCGAAGGAUUUUUACGGCUGACGAAAAAUAAUCUGGAAAAAACCAAACUAGGGGUGGAAAGCCAUUUUCGCUUGAAAACGUUGUUUCCACAAGUCUAUGAUGUGUGUGAUCUACCAAAUUAUGUGGAAAGUGAUUUGUUUGAAUAUUUGACCAUGGUCAUGAUGCCCAAACACACUCCGGACGGACUUAAGAUAAUGUACUACAACUUCAACGAUAAGAAUUCGCAUUUGUUUCGUCCGAUCGAGAUAUAUAAGAGAAUGCGCUUGAUGUUGGAUAUCUAUCAGAAGAAAGGUAUCGAUUUUACCGGUAUACACGUUUUGAUCGACACGAGGCACAUUACCUUGUCACACAUAAGUCAGUUUGACUUGUUCCAGCUGAAAAAUCUCAUUAAACACGCACAGAAAGCGUAUCCGUUGCGUCUGAAACACACUCAUAUUUUGUUCCCGCCGAGUUUUAUUGACGUAGCCAAAAACAUCUUAAAACCGUUUGUGUCGAAAAAAAUGUUUGCCAGAUUAUCAUUCCACAAGAACCUCGAAAGUCUAUGGGAACACAUACCAAGAGAUGUACUUCCCAUCGAAUACGGAGGAUAUAAUGGAAAUUUGGACGUGAUCAGAGAGGAAUGGAAAACAUUGAUAUUGAAGAACAACGAUUGGUUUUUGUCCAACGUAAGUUAUAAAUCAGAUGAGUCGAAAAGACUGAAAAAGAAAAAAUCGUUUUCAUACGAUAAAAUGUCGUUUAAGACUUUGAUUUUGGACUAA